AGAGAUAGGCGCGGCCGUUUUGUUGACAUCCUAUCACAUGCAUUUUAAAACUACGUUACCAUAAGAACAGACAGGCCGUUGCUUGGUUGAAAGCGGUAGUAGUGUACGACGCGUGUGAAGGAUGUAGUGUAUGUGGCGCGUCACCGCACCUACACAUAUAUGAAUUGAUAAAUAGACGCAGUGAGGAGAGGUCGUCCACUAGCAAAGUACGGCGGCGAGAGGAGGCUGGGCAUGCGGGUUGUAUACAGGACAGCCCGGCCAACACCCGUCAACCACGGGAUGGUUAAACCUAUCAGAAUCUGUGUAAUCCUUGCCUGUGUGUGCGUUAUUGCGUCUGCCUUUCCCGUAGGAGACAACCCAGUCAAACGUUAUCAAGAAUAUUCAAGACGAUGGUCAACAGUGAAGCGAGGUAGGGACAUGGUGGACGCCUGGGCACUCUGCCCUCCUGACAUGGAACAGAUGGAUUGUUUCUAUACCUAUCUCCGCUUGUACGCCCGACUCCGCAAGGCAGCGCGAGAGACGGACCAGGUUUCGAUGAGGAACAUCGGUAAACGGGGCUCAUCCGACUUCUUGUGUGCUGACAUGGAGGACAGACGAAAGUGUUUCAGUACUAUAUUACAAUCCAACUUAAACAUCAAACGUUCUGGAACUUCUUGGCCUUGACGCCAAAUUGGUUUCCCGGCUUAAACCGAGAUACUGAACUUGUUGCAGCAAAUGGUUGGUCAUGAUUCGUUUGGAGACCAUUUGUUCUGAAGAUGGCGUUUCAUAUCGUUGAUGGAGUACCAUGGAUUGACAUUUGUGGACUUUAUAAAUUCCGAAUGUGUGAUUUGUUGGGUUAUUUGAAAUUGCUAGCGAAUUAUUUGCAUUGCUACUGUUUUGUGAAUUUUAUGAACCAGCUAUCUGAAAAAAAUAUCAUCACUGACCCCACCAAUGCAGUUGAUCGUUGCAAAGUAUACAUGUUUUUUUCAAAAUCGGGACACUUUUUGUGUACAAGGAACCAUCGUCACCUUGACAUUGAUCGUUUCACCUCUGACAUUUGGACUUCAAUGCUAGCUGAUAAGAAAACUAUCACCGUAAAACCUUCACCUUUGACGUGCCUAGUCUGUACUUACAACUGUAUGCUGUUUUUCGUUUGAUUGUUUUUAACAAAAAAAGUAAUAAAAGAGAAAUCGAACCCAUGCUGCAACAAAA